GAAAUGGUAAACGAGGAAAGCAAGGAAGCAGAAGCGAUAGAUGCCAAUAAAGAAACAGAUUUAUCCUCUACGACGACUAAAACAGAUGUAGAUAUCGAAAUAUCCAAAGAUGAUACUAAUAGUAUUGAAGAAAAAGGGGCACAAGAAACUUCAACGUCUUUGCCAACGACUGAAAAUGAAGUAGCUAAAAACAAUGGUGUCGAAGUUAGCAAUAAUAAAGAUACUACCGAAAAAAGCGUUACUGAAGCUUCUGUGUUCGAAAAAGACGACGAAACUAAAGAAAUGUCAUCAAAUGAUUCGGAGGAGAUUUCAGUAAUUAGAGAUUCAAAACCAGAGGAGUUAAAUGACGUCACUCCUGAACCAGAAGUUUCUAAAGAUGAGCAAAAAGGUGAAAAUAUAAAAGAGCCCAAAGCAACCGAAUCAGAAGUAGAAACAAAUGUUGCCGAGAAAGAAAAAGACGAAAAGCCGUCAUCAUCGGCAACAUCAAAGCCACCGUUUGCGACGACGACAGCUGCGAAAUCAAACAAGUCACGUGACUCGGGAUUCUUCUCGGAUCCCCAACCCCUGGCACAACAGAGACUUCCCCUGAUAGCACCUCUGGCACCUGUGACUGACAGUGUGGACGUGCCUGCUUAUACUUGCGAGGAGGCCAAACAGCUAUUAAAGGGAAAGAAGAUCGUAUAUCUGGGAGAUUCGAUUCAGCGCGCGUCUUACAAGGACCUGGUGCUGUUGCUACAGGAGAACAGAUUUAUGACUAAGCAGGAGAAUCGCGCCAGGGCUCACAGGUCGAUUCUGAACGACACUCUUCUCGACGGAGGAGAGUUCGGACAACUGACAAAUGACCCCCAUUACAAAGAGGUUCGAGAGUUUGCCAAGGACGGGUUCCACGUGAAGUUCUUUUUCAUCACGCGCAUCUGGUACGACUACCUGAACGAAGUGAUGAAAUCCAUCGAAGAGUUGAAGCCCGAUGUGGUGAUUGCAUGCAGCAUGCUCUGGGAUAUCAUGCGAUAUGGAGACACUUUCCUGAUUGACGUUUACAAGAACAAUUUGGACACUUUUCUGACGGAGAUUAAAAAACACGUUCCCGAGACGAGUGCAAUCAUCUGGGCUAACAGUCCCCCUGUCGCAGACAGGUGCUACGGUGGGGUGUUUGUCAAGCAGGUGAUGAACAAGAAGCCGUUUCUAAAAGAGUGGCAUCUACAGGCCAUGAAAAUAACCAAGACUUUGGUGGAGAAACACGAAGUAGACAUGAUGGAUUUCUUAGGAUACCUGUACCCUUACCAGAGCCAGCUGGUCAAAGACGGACUCCACUGGUCCAGUGCUGCUCACAGAUACAUGACAAACAUAAUCUUAAGACAUGUUUGUGAUUUAUGGGAAUCUGAAGGAGCUAAACUAGCGGAGAAAGCUGUGACUAAACUAGAAGACUAUAAAAACAUUUACGACGAUCCUGAUGACGCUUACUUAGCAGAUAUGCAGAGUUUAUUUGACCAGCAAGCAGUAGAAGCUGGUCAUUAUGCAAUGGAACCCAGGCCCUACCACGACUACCAAAGUUCAUAUGCCCCGCAACCAGGUGGACAUAGACAUAUGCUGCCGACUCGUGACUACCGCUACGACAACCAAUAUCAUCCGGCACAUCGGUUUCAUCCGGAAGAUCCGAUGUUGCGAGGUCCCCCAAUGCACGCAGAUCCCUAUUAUGGCUACGACCCAUACGGAAUGCCUCAUGCACGAGGUCCAAUGCCCUACGGACGGAGCCCAAUACCGCCUCGUGUUCCGAGAGCAAUGGACUAUUAUGCACCUCACGAUCCUUAUUACCCUUACGAAGGGGGCUACGACGACGUUUACGGAGGUCUGCCUGAUUCCUACUUAGCACCGAAUUACCGGUUAGGAGCAGGAUUUACUAACUAUCCUCCGAGACCAGCGAUGGGAUACAGAAUCCCACCUCCUGCAGCCCCUGGUAGGUGGGGAGAUGAAUACGCAAUGGCAGAACGACCCUUCGCCAGAAGUCAGUACGAACUAGCCAGGCCUCUGAAACGUCCAAUGCCAUUAAUUGAGCAUCAAGAUCCCUAUGCUCCAGUGCAAAAGAAAGCGUUAAUGGAAUCCACAGCCACUGCAGCUUCCCAUUCUUUGACGCCGGCUGAAGCUGCUAAAUUGUCCCAGACGUCCACUGCAGCAGCAACAGCAUCGAGUAGUAACGGAAGUGCAAAUUACCAGAUGACCUUCGAAGAGAGAUACGGGGGACCAGUUGGUAAACCGAUGUAUUGGUGAUGAAAAGUUCUGAUCAUAUGUUGCUAUAAGACAAUUUCCUCCAGAUUUCUUGAUCAAAAGAUGCGGUCUGUAUAGUUAUAAUUUAAGUAUUUUUUACGA